GGCAGGUGGGAGAAAUUAAGGGGCACAUGACGCUUGCUAAAAAGCAUCACUUGUGCAAGGUCUAAACUACAGGUCCAACUCAAUUUCUCUUCAACCCUGCAGAGGAGAGCAGGCUCAGAGGAGCUCAGGGACAGGUUGUGUUUUUAGGCUCCUGUAAAGCACACGGGAAGAGCACCUCGAUUUUUCUGGUCUUAGAGGACGGGGCAAACCCUUUCAGACAGCCGUGCAGGCAGGCGAGAGGCUCCAAGGCUGCUCGAUGAGGAUAAAACUCCCAGCUGCGAUGGGCUCUGCUCCCCGACAAGCCGCACGUGGCCCCGCUGCUGUCCCUGGGGAUUAAAAGCGGGACCGGAGCAGGGCUGGGGGCUUUGCGCCGGCGGCUGUGCACAUGGAAGGCGCAUCGCCGCUGGAGCGGUACCUGGAGAGCUGCAGCGGGCAGGAUGACUUCUCCACUGCUCCUCAUCUGUUCACUCCUAUGAGCCCUUAUGAUUUAGAACUUCCCAUACAAACAGCUGAAGAUGGGGUGUUUGCUCCCCAGUUAAAUCAGCCCAAGGAACUCCACACAGACUUCUCCUCCGUGGAUCUCAGCUUUCUCCCAGACGUUACCCAAGACAACAAAGAACAAAACCUGUCUGAGGAUGGUCAUGAAACGCAAGAAGAGCUUGAUGGGUCACUACCAAGUAACGAGGACAGUGGUGUUUUCACAGAUGAAAGCAGCUUGUCAGAUCCAGGUGCAGCUCAGCCAUCUCCUGAAGCAUCUGGCGUGUGUCCUCCCCUGACUCCGAUGACUCCGGUGACCCCAGCGACAUCUUCAGAAAGUUCUGGAAUUGUCCCCCAGCUGCAGAAUAUCGUGUCAACUGUAAACCUGGCUUGUAAACUGGAUCUGAAGAACAUAGCUCUGCAUGCCAGAAAUGCAGAGUACAACCCAAAGAGGUUUGCUGCUGUGAUCAUGAGAAUCAGGGAACCGCGAACGACAGCCCUCAUCUUCAGUUCAGGAAAAAUGGUCUGCACAGGAGCAAAAAGCGAAGAGCAGUCGCGGCUGGCAGCCAGGAAAUACGCGCGGGUGGUGCAGAAGCUCGGCUUCCCUGCCAAGUUCUUGGACUUCAAGAUCCAGAAUAUGGUGGGGAGCUGCGAUGUGAGGUUCCCCAUCCGGCUGGAAGGCUUGGUUCUCACCCACCAGCAGUUCAGCAGCUAUGAACCUGAACUGUUCCCUGGCCUGGUUUACAGGAUGGUCAAACCAAGGAUAGUGCUGCUUAUCUUUGUGUCUGGAAAAGUUGUACUCACUGGAGCAAAAGACCGUUCUGAGAUCUAUGAGGCAUUUGAGAACAUCUACCCCAUUUUAAGAGGUUUCAAGAAACCAUCGUGACACAAAGCAAUCCAGAAUAACUCCUGGGUUUGUGUUGCUGUGCAUGGAACAGAAGCCAAGGGGAUUCCUGGAACCAGUUGUGGAGUUACUAAGCAAAUUAUUCAUUUCUGAAUGCCACAGAUGCUGGAUGCCUUUCUAUAGCCUGUGAGAUGCUCUUUUCUUGCAGAUUAUCUGUCUGUAAUCCAUCUGAGUUCUGAUAACUUUUGUCAAGUUGAAACACUUUUAAUAGAAUGUAUAUUAAGGUGGCACUUAAAGAUAUUUUGUAAUAGAAGCCAUGUGUCCCUUUCCCUGCUGAACAGGUGAAUCCACACUGCACUUCAAUCUGGCUUAAUCAAAAUCCUCAGCUCUAAGUGCCCUGAAUUGCUCCUGCAGUGUUGUAGUUUCAUGUUUAAGAUCAACAUAUAUUAUUGUCUAUAAUAUGGCUUUAAAAAUCCUGCACAAGUUGAUUUUGGGCCUUAGAAGACAUGUACUGAAAUCAUUCUGCUCCCACUGGCUGGGUAAACUCUUGUGUGUGAUGGUGCAGGAUUUUCUUUCACAGAGAAGACAUUCCAGGUCCUGACUGCUGGGAUAUACCUAGUAAAUCUGUGAGUGGAGAGGGAACUAAAUAAAUGAUCUAAUUUGACAUGGGACAAGUUAGAUUUUAACAAAAUGGUACCCACUUUUAUUACUGAGGGGCCCUCAGAUGAUGGAAGUUUGGUGCAGACAAAAACACAUUGGUUUGGAGCUUCGUUAAGAAUGGAUUUGAGGAAAACACAAAAAGCUUUGGAUGCUCGUGACUUAAUUAUCUGUAUUAUUUAACCAGAGUUCAGCCAAUGGCACUACAUUUGGUAAUUUUGGAGCAAAAAACAACGAGGUUUCCUGUACUUUGGUUUGAACCCAAGCCUUUCUUUUUAGAAGUUGUCCUGCUCGGAGUGGUGCUGGGAGCAGGAGCAGUGCAAAGCCUAUCCCAUGGCUGUUCUGGAAAGCCCCUGGAAGCAAGCCAGAACAGCUUGUGUCGUGUUGCUCCCCCCUGAAGGUGUGGUACCUGUCUGGAAACACCACUAGAGGUUGCUCUUAGAUGAUUUAAGUGUAACCCAGGCCAAAAUCCUCCUCUGCCCUUGCUGGAAAUACUCGGGAUGGGCUGUGGCUCAACUUAGAACAGGGUCUUGCUGGGCUGAAUUUUGCCACCACAAAAGUUUAUUUUUGAUUUCGGUGAGGGUGUGACUUCAUCUUCUGCAUCUGUUAUGUGUCUCUCACAAGUGUUUUCAUAUCUAUCUCCCUGCUUCUCUGGAAAAGAGUUGGAAAAACUUUGUGCACUUCCUCAUGAUAAGCUGCUCUUAGCUGUUAUCAGUUUCUCUGUCAAACUCUGGAUUUCCACACUCUAAUCUAUUUUAAACACAGGAUUACUUUUCUGUUUGCUUUCUAGCACUGGAGACUUUCCACAGCCAUGGGCUGGACUUUUAUUUGCACUGUAGCUAUAGUAGCAGCUGAUGAGCUUCAGUUACAGUAAUCUUUUUUAAGUGAAAACACCCUGGUUUUAUUGAGGCGUUGGGGGGAAAAAAAAAAGUUUAUCUAAGAUGAGCCCUCUUCAAGAAAUCACAUUUUGCUUAAGAGCUUGCCACACGAUUUCAGGGGUAAAAUUAGUGCUCUUUAGAAAUACAGAUAAAUUAGUGUUAGAGAUAAGAAGUGGGCUCUGUGCCUUUUCACUGAGCUACUGAUUAAGUUAAUGUUUGCUGUGGUAACUCUUGUCUUAAAAACAAUCUUGGUUCUACCUCCAUGCUGCUGUUCCUGCUUAGUGUUUGAUAACACUGGGAAGGGGAAAAAUGUAGGCUGCGAAUUGAUCUUAAAAAAAGGAAAAAAAGGUAGAGCAAUGUUGUGGUGUUGUUGU